AUGGCCAAGACCAAAAAAGAGAAAUGGAUAUCAAAAUGGCAAAAAGUGAGGAUCGAAUCCUCGACGUUUUUGUUCCAAAGAUUGAGUAAGUGCAGUGUUGUGCGGGACUCGCGGUCACUUCUGGUAAAAGGCAAGAAAUGAGUUCGUACAAAUCCUCGCACUGCACAAG